AUGCCUGUUACCCAUGAGCCGUGUGGAAUAAAUUUAAAGAACGGUGAGCAACUCCAUACUUAUGAAGAGGAUUGGGAUGGGCGAUUCGAUGACGGUGAUGCCGAUGCUGCUCGCUGUGUAUACUCCUCAGAAAUAUCGACCACCGCACCUUCGUUAACUGCUCCUCCCCGUAGUAUCGGCACAUGCAGUCUUGUUCAUGUGCAGGGCAAAUGGGAUCCCAUCCCGAGGAAUCCGCUGAGCACGUUUUUAGCGCCUUACCCGGCACCAUGGGCUGACAAGAGGACACACUAG